AUGGAUCAAGCAACCUCCCCGAGUGCCAAAAUCAAAGAGCCGCGAGAGAAAUUGAAUGCGACGCCCGAGGAUGUCUACAGCCUGCUGGGGUACUCGUGGGGCGAGCGUCGUCAGAUAAUCACAGUCGUCCAAAAGGUCUACCAACGCCACAACAUUGCCCAGCACGACAUGGGCUACCGCAAGAUCGACAAGGACCUAAUCGACAAGGCCAAAGCCGACCUGCUCGCGGAACUGCCGCGUCUCUUCGAAAAGUGCGACUCGGACUGGUUCGCCGACUGGGCCCUGAGCCGCCGCCACAAGACCCGAAACACGAAGAAGACGACGACGCCGUCGGUGUCGAGCUCGUCGUCGGCGUCGAAGAAAGACACGCAGGCGCUGGAUGAGGACCAGAUGAUGAUGCAGGCGGUAGAGAUAGGCGAGCAGAGCACGGGGAAUAAUAGUCCGGAGAAUAAAGUGCCCCCACCCCCGCCGCCGCCGCCGCUGCCAAUGCCACCGUCGACGGGAACCAACACGCCCAACACCCCAACGACGACCACAACGACGGUGACGACAACGGCGACGACGACGGGCUCGUUCAGGCCGUGGUAA